CGCCCCUUUCCUAAGGGAACGAAGGGAGCACUCUCUUUGAAGGGCACACGCCGAAGCGACGCCUAGGCAGGGCAGGGAGUGCAGCCGAGGGACAGAAGUAAGGGGCCAUGUCGGAACCAGCAUCGCUUGCGGAUGAGAACCCGGUGGCCAAAGCGUAUCGGGUGUGGGCCAGCACCUGUCCCUUCACGGCUAGGUGCACCAUGGUCGGCAUCGUGGGCUCUUACCUGUUAAGCUUCUUCUUGCCGCAGCUGGACCUGGCCCUGAGCAACAGUCCCUUCAGAACCAUCGAGAGCUUCGAAGUGUACCGACUUGUGACGACGGUGUUCUGCAGCGGGGGUCUCCUGACCGUCAUCUUCGGUCUCAUGAGCUUCAACAGUGUGGGGCCCAACCUCGAGAGGUCACUCGGAUCUACGGGACUGCUUGCCCUCAUGGUCACUCUCACAGCGUUGACCAACCUGGCCUUCAUCGCCCUGUGCUACGUUCUUGUCAUCAUGGGAGAGAAAAAGUAUGCUUUCUACUCUUCGAAGGGCAUUUGGAACUUGCUGAUCGCCCUCAUCGCGGUGGAGUGCAUGGCAACCCCGGACGUGCCCCGAAGGUUCUUCAUUCUCCCGUGGGACAUUCCUGGGAAGUACUACCCGCUGUUCCUGGCGUGCCUGUUUAGCUUCAUGAGGGGGAGCUGGAUGGAUCUUUUCUGUGCCGCCGGGAUUGGCUACGCCUACGCUGACGGACGCCUGGACCGGCUGAAGCCGUCGAGGUCUAAGCUGGCUAGCUGGGAGUCGGGCUGCAUGGCGAAUUUCGUGGAGAGGCCGGGCUACAUCGUCAGCGGCGCUGCGAUGGGGGCGGCCGCCUUUGGCACCCCCCUCAACAACCCCGCGGACCACCCGUCCAACCAACGUGCCGAGGGCGGGGGUGGCGGCGGUGGGUUUUCCAGUUUGUUUGGAGGCGGCGGCGGUGGGGGCGAGAGCGGUGGGGGGGCUCCGGGGGGAGGAGAUGAAGGAGGGUUCGGGUCGAGCAACGUGAUCAAGAGAGGGGGCACCGCAGGAACAUCGUCAUUGUCGGGUGAUUCUUUCGCCGGAUCGGGUCAGACUCUCGGCGGGGGAGGCGGGGGAGGUGGGGGCACGAGAUCUUCCGGCCGGAGGCACGAUCCAGAGACGGCGCGGUUGGCGAGGCUGGCGGCGCUGGAAGGAAGGACGGGGGCCGGCGGAGGGCGAGGAGGGGGGGGGGAGGCGGCGGCACCUCUACUGGCGGCCAGCGACCACGACGUGCUGACUCUCCAGGACAUGGGGUUCACCGCCGCGGAGGCGCGAGAGGCCUUGCAGUUCACCAACGGGGACGUCGAAGCCGCCGCCUCCUACCUCGCGGCUUGAGCCUUGACCUUGCCGUUGAGGGCAUGGACACUAACUGCAAUGGAGAGUGUACAGUGAAAAGGGCACCGUGGCGGUGAGGGAACGGAGGUACCCACCCCUCCCUCCAGAAUAUAAGGCAGGGCACCGUGACGGCAAGGGGAGGGGGUACCCACCCUUCCCACCAGGAUGGAGCGCGGGGGCCCCGUGCUGUGAUUGGAGGGGGGGUUCACCCUCCACCAGAGUAGGGAUGAGAAGACAGACACGCCGCUGCUGGCCAAAAUUUGGCGUUUUGUUGCCCCCCUGGCUCGCCACAUGUGUCCGGUCGUACAGCAGUACCAUAGUACCAUAGUGCCAUAGCUUGGAAGGCACAAAGCGUCGUACCGCAGGAAACCUGCUCUUGGCACCGGAGGCAAGGUACUUGUUCCUAUCAAGCAAGUUUCCGCGGGUUGACUUCUCGGGGGGGUGGGGGUGGGGUCACGCGGUUGCGAUGCAGCCAUUAGUUUCCCCAGGCUACGUCGUUCUCGUCUGCGGCACAUGCGCUCCUAGGUACUGUGUGUAUUGUUGUGAUUGCUGCCGAGGCGUGCUGACCUCUUUUUCUCAAGUGUCAAUUGGUGUGGACACCAAUCAAAGAUUGUGCGUCAAUCCGUCUAGUAGUAGUAUUCACGUGCCUGAAAGCCUGCAGGGGUGAAUGUGUUCGUGAUUGUCAAUAUGCCGCGCCCGGUUCCUUGUUGGCCGUUCAGCUAGUAAUGUGUCUUUUUAGUUAUUUAUUUCUUGACAUUGCCGUUUCGUUUCUUCUCUCGAGUAAGCACGGAAUCCAGCUGUCAGUCUCACGUGGGCGCACGCUUUGGUUGACGAAGUCAUGCGCACAUCAUACGCCGUUGUUUAUGUUCGGCCUGUGUAGUGUGUGUGGCUUCAACGUCAUUGCAAUACUGCUGUAGACUGCCAGAGCGCGCAGCCCGUGUUGAACAAGCCACGUUUCCCGGCCUAGCCUAUUCCGAUGUCUGCCGAUCUGCGGCAUCAUCGAUCGUUGAUGAGCUUGCCGCAUUCUGCAUUGUGCAUGGUCGACGUCGUCAUUUUGUAUAAUUUUCGUUUAGAGCUGCCCUUCUCUUGGCUGACCGUCGUCUUCGCCCUUGCUAACGUAGAGCGCAUAAUAUCUUCACGACUCUGGAGGAUUGCUCAAACGGGUGUUUUUUUUUGUCAAUGGUUGCGUCGCCAUACCACGCACGGGAGUCGCUGUUACAGCCGUAUUCGUGUGUUUCUUGUGCUUUUUGCUGGCGUGGCGUUCCCGCAAGGCCCCUGUUGUGAAAUGUUACCCGAAAACGUCGGAUUCACAUUUAGGGCUUCUGUUCCGCGGAGUACAGGAAGCGUCGUGUAUACAUCAUGGAGCGAUGGAAGGUACAUAGCUCUCCGUGUCAGUCGUGUUUCGGUUCCACGAGGCGGGGAGCACGCUCAAUUACAACGCUCUCUAAGAUGCCGUUGAAGGCGUGCGUUCGUUUUGCGUGUAGUUUUUUGUGUGGGAUCUAUCAUUGGCGGCGUCGACUGGCACCGCAUGGGACCAUGUCAAUGCAUACGAUCCAGCAUCCCCGGUUGACCAUCUGAGUUGUAAUUCCAACUGUUGAACUCAAGAC